GAUGGAAUAGGCUCAUCACAGUCGUCAUUCGGGAUGAAGUUUCACAAGUCUACCAAAAGAGCUGUUCGUACGACAAAAAAGGAAACCUUCAAAGUUGAAAGCAUUCAAUACAAUGAAAUAAAAAAACAAAUUUGUCUACAUUUUGACACGACAAUCUCGAUUUAUCACGGGAGUUCCAGAGUGGUCUUGUUGGUUCGGUACAAGGAAAACAUAAUUAGGCUCAAAACUUUUUUUUCUGAUGAAAUGAAGCAAAGGGGAACACAGGAACUCCGAUGUGACUAUGGAGAUAGGAUCAGGAUAGAUGUUUUGGACGAUAAAUCAUUUAAGAUUAUUUGUUGGAAUGUCCCAUAUUGGAUAAUACUUAUGGAAUUUGAUAGUAUUCGAGCAAUUAGAGGGUCACAAUUUUCUUUUUUAAAGAAAUUCGUUAAUCCUUUGGUUCAAACUGUGGGGUUAAUAGGUCAAGUUUCUCUUCCUCCUCUACGAGUUCAGAGGAUCUUCCGACGAGACAACGUAACCAUGCUCGAUAAAUUAUCCAACAAAUUAUUGAUUAACAUCUUCAAGGCUAUGAUAAAAGAAUCUAGCUUUCGAAGGAUGACCCAACUUCGGAGGACAUGCAAGAAGUGGAAUGAAUUGAUACUUGUAGUUAUUCGAGAUCAUGUUUCGGAAAAUCACAAAGUUGACUGGUUUUUGAUGGUCAGAUUUAGCAUGAUGGAAGUAGCUGUCGGCGUAGAAGACAUACAGUACAACGAUGAAGCUAGGAAACUGUUUUGUCUCUCCUUCGACAGAUAUUAUUCAUUCCAACCCGUUGUAAGUCCGUUCAUAAUGUUAAACAUGAAGUGUAGAGAACAAACAUAUUGUAGGGAAGUAUAUUUUCAUUUCAAUAGAUCUCGGGUGGGUGAACAGGAAAUUCAAGAUCCUGUUGGAGGUUCUGUUUUAGUAAAUAUCUUGAGUGACGGACGUAUAAAAUUUGUUCACUGGAAGGUGAAAGAGGGGUUAAUGUUGAAAUUGUUGGAUAUCGCGAGAACCGAUAAACUUAAAAAGAAUAGAUAA